AUACAUCCAGUCAAGAGAGGGAGGGACAGGAAAAAAGAGUGAUGUCAGCAGGGAAGAAGAGAAGGGAGGACUGCCUUGCUUUUUCCUGUCUCCAGCCCCCUCCUCCCUCCUCCUCUUAUCAGCGUGCCAGAGAGAGAAAGGCGAUCAGUAGGAGAAGUAGACGGAUUAACAACUAGCACUGAGGCCAUGGGACAAGAUAAAAUAAAAAAAAAGCUGGGAUUGACUGCAUAGAAGUGAAGGAAACAGCACUUUUAUACUGACCAAUACUUAAAGAUCAGCAGAUGCCAACAGGCGGGAAGAAGAAACCAAAUAAGGAAAGUAAAAUUAGACAAGAAGUUCAGGCAUAAGGGUCAACGCUAGCAGAGAGGAACUGGCGCUUUAUCAGGAAGCAGGUGGAGCCAUUACAGAGAGACACCGGUGUCCAGCAUCACAACUACCAUGUACAGUGGAUAUGGAGGGCGUCCAUCACGAACUCUGUCCACCAUGUCUCUGUCUGUCCGUCCAGUCAGACGCAUCAAUUCCAGGUCCAUCACUAGGAGCCAGAGUUUCACUGGAGUUAACACACAGGAGAGGCCUUACAGGAACCUCUCAGUGUUCAGCACUCCUGGUAUCAGCAGGAAGUCCAGCCGAGCGAGUGGACUCUUCACUAUGUCUACCAAAGCCAACCCACCACCGAAAGUUCCUCAACCAGAGCGGCUGGAUGAGGUCUACAAAGCUCUGAAAAAAGGGCUCCAGUCUUACCUGCAUCUUUACCAAAUGGAUCUGGAAAACAUCAACAAACAGAUUAGAAUGUCUAAGAGAAACUCCAGACUGGGUUUCCUUUAUGAGUUAGAUAAGCAAGUUAAGGUGAUUGAGCGGUACAUCACAAAGCUGGAGUUUCAUCUCAGUAAGGUUGAGGAGUUUUAUGAAGCCUACUGCCUGCAGAGGAAACUGAGAGAUGGAGCACACAAGAUAGUGAAGGCAUACACAGCCAACCCAGGAAGCAAGGAGGCCAAGGAGAGCCUGGGAGAGGCUUCUAAAGGAUACAAGGAAUGCACAGAGAAUAUGUGUGUGAUGGAAAAUGACUUUGAGAACCAGCUUGGAGAAUUCCACAUCAGAUUGAAAGGUCUUGCAGGAUUUGCCAGGUUGUGUGCAGGGGAUCAGUAUGAGAUCUUUAUGAAGUAUGGCCGACAGCGAUGGAAACUGCGGGGAAGGAUAGAAAUCAACGGCAAGCAGGUGUGGGACAGUGAAGAGACGGUGUUUCUCCCUCUCAUUAACGAGUUCCUCUCUGUGAAGGUGACAGAACUGAAGAGCUUAGCCAAUCACGUGGUCGUAGGGAAUGUUUCCUGUGAAAUGAAAGACCUGUUUGCUCCACUCACCCAGAUGGUAGCUGUGGAUAUAAAUGAUCUUGGCACUCUUAAACUUAGCCUUGAAGUUACCUGGAAUCCAUUUGAUAAAGAUGACCAGGCUGGUCUUGUCAACAAAACACCAACAGUUUCGUCAAACAUCCUCAGACAACCAGGGACACCGCCUGUACGCAGUCAACCCUUCCCUAUCCCUGACGACAGUCCAGAUGGGGAAGUAAAAGAGCCGCCCUGGUCAAUCUCAGACUCAUCUGAUGACUCCUUCGGCCAUCAGUCAUCUGUGCCGGUGGAACCCAGCUCUCCACCUCUCAUGGGUAGGUUAAGGACCUCAGGAACCGAAUCUGCAUCAUUUUCUUCUCCACAGCCCGAGGUUCACAAUUCUCCUCCUUCAACUGAGAUUCCCAAUGGGAGUUCCACUUUAAAGACUUCCAACAUCCAAAUCCCAGAUGUAGCCGACAGCCCCAGGAUGAUGGAAGAGGAACCAGUAACAAAUGGCCUUCUUGAGGAGCUGGAUUUGGAGGGAACCUUCAGCCCCAGCCCAGGAUAUGGGCAGUCAUAUGCUCGCUCUCUGAGUCACAUCAGUGAGAGCAGCACCGACGGGUUUGUGGAUUCAUCAGUAGGCGAUUCAGGAGAUGUAACCUCUCUGAUAUCUGGGAUCUCUAUAAAUGACAUAGAGAUCCCCCAUAGAAUAUCUGAACCAGCAAGCUCCUCCCUCAUGCACACUGACAUUCCACCAAGCCUCUGUGUUGUGGAGGAAAUCCUAAAUGCCAGUCCCAUUCCUGACCCACUCAUUCAUCCACAUGAAGAAUCCUUUUUUCCCCAGGUUGAGAGGGAUGAGCUAAACAGAUUUUAUCCUGACUUAGAGUACACAAACCCAUCCACAACCAGCAGAAAUGGGACCUACAGAGCUCAAAAAGUGCUGGUGACAGAGGACAGGCCAUCUGUGGGAGCAAGUUGGUUACCUGGAGGUAGUGACAGUGUGGUGGACAGUGAGCUGGAGGAUGCCCUGGAAAUUCUUCUUUCCUCUCUGGAUGAUUAUAGAGGACAGUUUCCUGAGUUGCAAGCACUUGAACAAAACCUAAGGCUCCUGCAGGUAACUCUGAAGGGGAGCAGUCACAGCCGUUCAGCCAGCUUGGCCAGCCUCUCAGUGGAAUCAGCUUUGGGCAGCUUUGACUUUCUGUCUGACUGUGAGGAAGAGGAGGAGAAGAUGAGGAAUGGCAGACAAGAGCAUGGGGCCGUGGACAGUCCUCCUCUCCUCCAUUCACCUCUCACCACCAGCUGUGCCACUCUGGACUCCUCCCUGGUGGUCCAUCUGAAGAACUGCACUACACAGCUUUUGCAUCUUGGCACGUUUGGGCCCCUGCGCUGUGGAGAGAUGUACGCCUUAGACAAACUGCUGAGAGAGACACGUGUCUUUGAAAUCAUCCUUCGAAUCGUUAGGGACAACCCCAACCGGCCCAGGCAGCCUGCUGAGGUGAUACCAGAGCUGGGCCUCUGCUUCGGUGCCCUGUCCCUCUGGGAGCAGAGUACAGAGUGCAGCACUGUCUACUGUGUCUCUGUUGAGAACUUUCUCUCCACUUUGUCUACACAAUACUCCAGCAUGCCUCAUGGAGGAGCUGAUGCAGUGUUCUUGUGUCUAGUUGAGCAAAUUUUGGAUCAGAGGUUACCACGACGAGGCAACACAGGCAAAGGAAUUAUCACAGUGUUUCAGCUGUGGAGUUACUUGGAGUCUAACGGGAUCAGUGACAUGGAGAUGCACAUCUCUGAGCUAGCAGAAGAGGUGUUCCUGGUGCAGAGCCUCAGAUCCAAUGACCUGGAAGUGAUUAUGAAUACUUUGAGACGGCCUCCUGAGCGCAACCUGAGGAGAGGAGAGCUCCAUGCUGUUGCCAAGUUAUUGAAAGAUCCACGAGGCAAAGUGUCAACAUCUGCCAGCUCUUUACUGAGAGGCCUGACUGCUCAGCCCACACUGAGAGAACAGGCUUUGGUCCACUGCUUGGAGCUGCUGGAAGAUGAAGACAUAGACACCAGAGUGUGUGGAUGCAAAGCUUUGGCAUGUCUCAAGGCCAAAGAAAGCAUUGAACAGCUGGUGUAUAUUUGUCAGACAGACAAGGAAGAUGUCCGAGAUGCUGCCAAACAAGCACUGCUGACACUGGGUGAGGAAGGAAAGAUGGCCUACAGACAUGUAGAAAUAUCUCAGGACAGCUUGCCGAGACUCUUUGCUCCAGGAAGCAUGGCCAGCACAGCCUUCUGACCGGACACAGCCACUGACAGUCCCAGCACAUCAACAACAUGACACCACAGUAUGUACUGUGUCCAUCUGCUAAAGUGGAAAACCAGCUUUAACUUAAACUUUAUUUAGCAGUCAUCUAUUGUUAGGAGUGCUUCAAACAAAUUUGUCACAAAUGAUGACAUUUCUGAAAUAUGAGCUAAAUUAACAAAGAAUGAAGUUCAACCUUCAUUAUUAUACAGUAUGAAGAACUUUUACAAAGUGUUACCCAAACAGACAGUUCCAGCACUGGCUGCAGAGCCAGAGUUCAGCUAGUGCUGGAACUGAGACCAGUAAAGGCUCCAGUAAGUCGUUGCUCCUCUUGUCACCAAACGAUCCACAUCUGUAGAAAACCUGUUGUGGCCACAGCAGGCUACAGUAGCCAUGGUGACUGAUGCCUACAGACAGAACGUAACCAUGACGAGAACUGACUCUGCUCCUAUGCCUUCUCCAUGGAACCUGCAUCAUCUGCUAUCUGGAGUGAAAAUUUGAAACAGAGCUCCUGUAGUCUGCAGAAAACAGCAGGCAACUUCUAGUGGUUUUAAAGUCAAACUACAGGCAUUUCUGAGGGAAAUUACACACAGAAUAAUCACUGGGUAUUAGAGCAGUUAUUGAGAAAUACUUUUUAUACUGUUUCUUGUGGGGUUGCCUUAAUUUUUGCUACAAUGUCUCUCAGGAAAAAAAUGUUUCAUACCGGUAGAAAGCUUUAGUGCCGCAAAAGUAUACCAACCGGCAUGUGCAACAUCAGAAUGUCUGAGUCAGAGUUGGUGCCCAAGAUCUGACUGAGAGCUGUCAGCUAGCAGGCAGUAAGGAAUAAACAAGAUCAGAGCAAAGAAACCAGACUCACAAUCAACAGUCAUAUCUUGUUCAGUAGGAACCAGGACUGAGGACUGGACUGUGGGAACCAGUAGUUGAAUCAAAUAUAUUUAUUUGAUUCUUAAGAUGCAGAUAAUUAAACAAAUACAAUUUAACUAUGCUUUUUAUUGCACAUAUAAAAUAUUCCCAAUAUUCAGGUCAGUAGUGGCCUAAGGCAGAAUGUUUAAAAUGAAGCUGGUGAGUUAACCAAGUUACAUCACCAGUAGUCAUCAUUAUGGCCCCUUUUAAUCCAACUCCUCUUCAUCACCAUUUUUUACACUCCUUUCUUCACAUCUGUAUUCCUCAACUCUUAUGACUAGAUUUUUUUUAACAUGACUCCCCCAACCACUAUUUGUGACCCAUUUUCAUUUGACUGGUUAGCAUCAUCCAGCUGCAGGUUUGUCUAGCAAAUAAACUUAAUGUGUAAUGUGUUUUCAUCCAGACAUGUGGUGUGUGGCUUAUAAUGAUGUGAAUUAUCCUCCUUUUCAGAAUUAUAAUACAACUAACUCAUUCUGCCAAGGAGGCCUUUAUGUUGAAUGUUGCUGUAUUUGAAACAGAUUGAAGGAGAGACUGCAGUAGUUUCUGCUGUUGCAGAGUGCCAUAAAGUUUUAAAUUAUGCUUUUGAAUGAAGCUACAAUAGAAGUUUAUAUUGAAGUUUAUUGUUCUGUGAAUACAUGUUUUUGAUUUGAGUUGAGCUUUAUUUGGCCAAUUUUCUGUAAAUGGUCUACUGAAUAUUAACUGUCCCAUAUUACUGCCAGCUGCAAACACAAAAGCUUCUACUUUGCUUCCUGUUAUCUAAAUGUUUUAGGAAUAAUUGUCCUUGAAGGAGCCUACCGAAACACACCAAAGCUGGAUUACUGGUCCACACAAGUGUUUUACAAGCAGUUUUAAAGUUUUAUGUGAAAAUUAUAUAUAUAGCUUUUAUCAUUUUCUUCUGCAAUAUCAAUAUGACAUUUAUAAAUUCUGACAUUUUCUAAAGUGGGUUCAUUAAAUUAAGCAAAUAAAAAAAGACAUGUCAGUCAUUGCAUGAGUAAUGACAUUUAAUCAGAAUAACUGCAGCAAUAUAAGGGUGCUUCUUUCCUGUGAGGUGUUGCUAUCUAAGUAUUUGUAAAUAUGUUCUUAUUUUCAGUAAAUGAUAAGGAAUUAUUUCUUUUUUUAUUUUGGAAACUGGGAUUUCUUUCCUUUCUGAAUGUUGACAAAUUGCUAUAAGUUACAGAGCAAUGAUUGUUUUCUUUUAAGUCUGUAUAUUGUAUCUGUCACACACUGUCACACUGGCUGUACAUGAACUGGACCACACAGAUUAUUGCACCUUGACAAACUUUGUAACAGACUCACUGAAAAUGCCAAACUGUGGAGCACCAGUCAACUCGGUUGCUUAUCCUAAGUGCAAUUUGUUUUGUUAAUCUAAUAGUAGCAUUACUCUGCCUUUUCCUCUGCAAUAUCACUGCACUGUAAAGUAUAUUGUUAAUAUUUUUGAUAAAUUAUAUAAGAAAA